AUGCGAUCUCAAGCAGUACGAACUCUGAAAGCAUCCCUGAGGCCACGCGCCUUUGUCCAGCCAGCUACCAUCUCCCGCUCCCAUUCAACCUUUGCUGGCAAGAACAACCGUUCCACGCCUGGAGCUAAGGUGCUGAGAGCAGCCCCGACUAUCCCGUUCUUUGGCGCGUUCUUUAGCUCUCACAAGCCUGAGGAGUCAAGCGGCAGCAUGUCUUACCCCGAUCAGCGCAGUGAAGAUCAGUGGCGAGCGGUAUUGAAUCCCGAGCAGUUCCGCAUCCUUCGUGAGAAGGGCACUGAACGCCCCGGCACCGGCGAGUACGAUCAACACCAUCCGACCAAGGGCGUGUAUAACUGCGCCGGGUGUGACGCCCCGCUUUAUACAGCCGAACAGAAGUUCAAGUCCGGUUGUGGCUGGCCCGCUUACUUUGAUUCAAUUCCCGGCGCCGUAAAGAGACAUGUGGACACUACCUUUGGCAUGAAGCGAACUGAGAUCGUCUGCAGUAACUGUGGAGGUCAUCUCGGCCAUGUCUUCGAGGGUGAAGGAUAUCCAACCCCCACUGAUGAGCGUCAUUGUGUGAACAGCGUCAGUCUACGUUUCACCGAGGACCAAGGUGCUUCUGGAAAGCCGGCGGAAAAGGCGAAAGCUUGA